CUCAAAUGUAACGGAAGUAGUAAAGCAUCACGGGAAAACACGUGUGGAGCUGUGCCGUAAACUCGCACGAAAACCCAGUCGGUUGAUGCUUUCAUCAGGCUCUUCCAAAUAAUCACCAUGGCCUCCAAAAACACUGUAAGCGGUGACGACCGCUUCUCGAAGGUCCAGAAGGACCCUCGCUUCUGGGAGAUGCCCAGCAGAGAGCGCAAAGUCAAAAUCGACAAGCGUUUCAAGUCCAUGUUCCACGACGAACGCUUUAAACUGAAGUAUACAGUCGAUAAACGCGGCCGACCCGUCAACCAGACGUCCACCGAGGACCUCAAGCGCUUCUACAAGCUCUCUGACUCCGAGCAGUCAGACGAAGAAGAGGAGAACGAGCAGACGGAAAAGCCCAAGAAGGAACAGAAAGUGAAAAAGGCUGAUGAGGAACCUCAGGUUGAGGAUGAAGAAGAGAGCGAUGAAUCUGAAGAGGAGGCAGACACCGAGAAGAUCCCGAAGACAAAAGAAGCUAAGAAAACGAAAGAGCCGCUGGUAAAGGGAGUGAGAGUGUUUGAAGAAGAUGAGGACGAGGAAUCUGGUGUUGAAGAGGAGGAGGAGGCUGAUGAAGAUGACGAGAGUGAGUCAGGUGAUGACAGCGACAAUGGACCCGAUCUGGCUCGAGGGAAGGGUAACAUUGAGACCAGCUCUGAUGAAGAUGAUGAUGAUGAUGAGCUGGAGGAAUGUCUGCGCCAUGAGGAAGAGGAGAUUGAGCAUGACUGGGGAGAGAUGUGGAAAGAUGCUCCACGCAGUGACAACACUUCCCGACGCUUGGCGGUUUGUAACAUGAACUGGGACAGACUGAAAGCUAAAGAUCUUCUGGCUCUCUUCAGUUCGUUUAAGCCCAAAGGAGGCGUGGUGCUGUCUGUGACGAUCUAUCCGUCUGAGUUGGGGAAGGAGAGGAUGAGUGCAGAACAGACUCAGGGUCCGCUGGAGCUCACCGGCCUCCCGGAGGACCCUGAUGCCGACACAGACGAGCAAAGGGUCUACCGAGAGAAAGUGCGAGACUAUCAGUUCAAGCGUCUGAGGUAUUACUACGCCGUGGUGGAGUGCGACUCCGUCGAAACAGCAGCAAAGAUUUACGAGGAGUGUGACGGCUACGAGUACGAGAGCAGCUGCUCGAUGAUCGACCUGCGGUUCAUCCCUGACGACGUGACGUUUGACGGCGAGCCGAAAGACAGAGCCACUGAUGUGGAUUACAGUUCCUACAAGCCCAAACUCUUCACAUCGACGGCCACCACCACAGCCAAGGUCGAGCUGACGUGGGAUGAAACGGAUCACGACCGGGUCACGGCUCUCUGCAGGAAGUUCAAUAAGGACGACCUGUUGGACAUGGACUUCAAGGCUUACCUGGCCUCCUCCAGUGAGGAAGAGGAGGAUGAGGAAGAGGCAGAGCAACAGACAGAAGCUGAGCCUCUUCCGGAGGAGAAAAAGAGCAGUAAAGAGAAGAAGAGCACAGAGCAGAUCGCUAAAUACAGAGAACUACUGAAGAGCUUUCAGGACAAAGACAAGGAGAAGGAUGACAGCAUGGAUAUGGAAGUCACAUGGGUACCAGGACUGAAGGAAACGACUGAGAAGCUUGUGAAGAAGAAAAUGGAGGGCAAAGAUCAGCUGACUCCGUGGGAGCAGUACCUGCAGAAGAGAAAGGAGAAAAAGAAAGAGAAGAGGAAAGGGAAGAAGGAAGCAGCGGAGGCGGAGCCUGGGAUCAGUGAUGAUGAACUUCCUGCUGAUGUUGACCUCAGUGACCCCUUCUUCAAAGAAGAGCUCGGCUCGACAGCAUCCCUGAAAAACAAGAAGAAGAACAGGAAGAAGGAUGAAGAGAGGACACCAGAAGAACAGGAAGAGCUGGAGAGACGGAGGGCUGAGAUGGAGCUGCUGAUGGACGACGAAGAAGACGACAAGCACAAACAUUUCAACUACGCCAAGAUCGUAGAGCAGCAGAACCUGAGCAAGAAGAAGAGGAAGAAACUCCUGAAGAGCAACACGCCACUAGAGGAGGACGACUUCCAGGUGGACGUUCACGACUCACGCUUCCAGGCCAUGUUCACGUCCCAUCUCUACAACCUGGACCCGUCCGACCCGGCCUACAAGAAGACCAAAGCAACGCAGAGCAUCUUAGAGGAGAAACAGAGACGCAGAGAGGAGCGACAGCACAGCCAGGAGGAGGCGCAGGAGAAGGAUGGAGCAGAGGCGCCGUCAUCCUCCACUAAAGUCAUGGACCCCAGUUUAUCACUGCUUGUCAGAUCCAUCAAGAACAAAACUGAACAGUUUCAAGCUCGCAAGAAACAAAAGACAAAAUGAUUCUCAUAACAAGAGACUCGAGUCUCAACUCGAGUUGGUUUUCUGGAGUCUUUGUGUGUUACUUUAGUGACUGAUUUGUGCUUGGAGACAAAAUGUUUUGAUAAUAAACAUCAUACUUUCUCCCAGUUCAAAAUUUUUGCUUCAGACUUUUGUAAUUGACCGGCCAUUUUUGGAUGAACACGUCAAGGCUUUGUUUACACCGCACACAAAAUCUCAUGAUCUGCUGCUUCAGACCGGUGUGUCUAGAUCGGUCUGACAUAGCUAAUUUGUGUAGAUUCAGCGAGUUUUCAAAAUUGAUAGAGGAGG